AUGUUCGCGGUGGCGAUGGAGCAUGGGUUUCAGGACUCGGCGGCGCAGGCCGAACAGCUGAAGGCGCGCCAGCCGGUCGUGCUGGACGACCGGUUCCGGCAGGGACGCUAUCUGGCGACGAUCGCCUGUGCCGAAUGCCACGGACCGGAGCUGUCGGGCCCACGCGAUCCGCGUCCGGGCGAUCCGCCGGACCUGUCGAUCGCCGCCGCCUAUACGCCGGGCGAGUUCGCACACCUGCUCACGACCGGCAUCAACCGCAACGGCCAGCCCGCCGGCGAUAUGGCGCAGGAGGCCCGCAAG